UUUUGCCAACUAAACACAGACGCAUUCUCUUUCCCCGGCUGGCGGCGGCGAUGGCUACCCGCAGAGCCAAAAAGCGAAAACGGCAGGAGACCGAGUUGGUCUCCGGCGUCCGAUCACCGGCGAGCGGCAAGCGCGAAGUCGGAGAAGGUCCCGACCUGAUCAGCAACCUACCCGACGACGUUCUCUGCGACAUCAUCUCGCUCCUCCCCACCGAGGACGGCGCCCGCACCCAGAUCCUCUCCGCCCGGUGGCGCCCCCUCUUCCGCUCCGCCCCGCUCAACCUCGACGUCGAGCUCCGCCGCAAAGACGAGCCCGCCCCCUCCGGCCUCGUCUCCCGCAUUCUCGCCGAGCACCAGGCGCGCUGCCGCCGGCUUGCCCUGAUCUGGUACGGCUACAAAUCUGACGACGUCUUCCCAUUACUGAACGGCUGGCUCGAGUCGCCGGCCUUCAAAGGCCUCUCCGAGUUCGAUCUGUGGCUAAAGCACGAGGAAAUUUGCCAGAAACUUCGGUUCGUGCCAACGUGGGAUGUUCCGUAUGCGCUGCCACUGUCCUUGCUCCGGCUUUUGCCCAAGCUCCGCGUCCUCAGCAUCAAGUGUACCUGCUACGUGAUCCAUUUCCCCUCCACUACCACCUUGGCCGGCGAUCUACAUUUCCCCGAACUCAAGCAGCUCACGCUCAAAGGUGUCGUCGUCUCGGAGGGCUUCCUCCAUGGCCUUCUUGCUGGAUGCACCGUGCUGGAGAGCUUGGUACUUAGUGGAUUGGAAGGUGCCCGUGGUGUUCGGAUCAACUCGUCCACCCUUAGAAGGCUAGGGGUGUCGCCUGGUUCUGGUUGGACAGAUGAAUUGUUGCGAGAAGUCAUUGUUGAGGACGCCCCUCUCCUAGAGAAGUUGUUCCUAUAUGGGAGAGAUGACGGCCUAUCAGUCCGGGUGCUUUGCGCACCCAAACUGGACUUCUUGGGUUCUUUGCCAGAAGGGUUCACCAAAGGCAAGCUUGAAACCAAUGUUCUUCAGGGAAUUGUUGCCGUCAAUUUGAUGAAUGUGGUGCGGACAGUUAAAGUUUUGGUUUUGCGCAUGUCCCCUCCAAGUGUUGAUGAUGCCAUUCACUAA